CGUGCAAGAAAUGACAGCUCUGAACUUUAACUGUAAUUGUCAAAAAUUCCGCAAGUGUGUGGCGUCCGCGUGCCUUAUUUUAAUUCUGCUUUAAAAAUGUUUGUAAAACUAAAGCUAGAAAGCUCAGAUAACACAGCGCCACCGCAAUUUUUUCCAAUAGAUGACGGCGCAACCAUCUACGACCUGAAGCUGCAACUGGAGCCAUCCAUAGGUAUCCCAGCAGAUCUGCAGCAGAUUUACGCCCUGGACAGACCCAUUGGCAACCACGAUAAGGUGUCUGCAGUGCUAGAUUGUCAAGUGGAUAAAAGCAACGGGACCGCUUUCUCGCUGUACAAAAUGGAGGAUUUUGUUUGCUUUCUGCAAUUCUACAAUCAGGAGGAAGGCGAGAGGCAAAACAAUUUUUUUAGCUUGCCGCUGGAGAAUAGAAAUUUGCCCAUAGAAAAAGUGGCCCAUCUUGAGAUUUCAGACUCGGAACAGUCCUACAGUGAGGACACCAGCGAAUCAACAAGCGACUCCAGCAGUAACAGCGGCUCCUCCACCAGUAGCAGCGGCAGCUCAAAGGCAAAAAAAUAUCAAAAAAGAGUCCACAAGAAUAAUGUUAAAACAAUGUUAUCUCAAGCAAAAAGGGCACGUCUUUCCGUUGAAAAUAUGGACUUGCAUUCUCUCGUCGACGAUACAUUGAAUGCGACACUUGUACCUCAAGAAAAUACUACAAAUUCUUCUGGGUACGUCACCGCUUCUGAGUUAACACCGCCGGCCAGCGACAUUAUUCUUAAAAUUCAAGCUAAAGAUGUCGCCGAACCAGAACCUGAACCAGUGGCCCCUGUGGAGGAAAUCACCAAUGCUGAAGUUGCUAAGGACACCAAAGGUGUAAAGGAUACAGCCGAAAUAGUUGUAUGCAGCGCACCAAAACAAUUGCCCAGGAUUGAUGGUGAACUUUCUUAUGGCGGUGUAAUGCCAGAGAAGCGUAAAUUCGCUUUAAUUAUCAAAAAUGAAAUUGAAUCAACUACUUCUGGUUUUGGCUCUCUGAUGAAUCAUUUCCAUGGACUCUUCGAGACAUUCGAGGACUGUGAAAAGCUUCAAUUCAGCGAAAACGCCUCUGUAAAGGUUCUUGGUAAUAAUUUAAUGAUUAUAUCCGACGAUGAGAGAACCUGUGAGUGGAUAACCAAUGGCACCAGGUCGAUGACUCCGCCACGCUACAAGUGUUGCAGCUUUAUUGAGUUUUUUGGCCUGAUUAAGUGCACAUUUGUACUGCCCAUCGUUGUUAAGGACAAGGAAUUGAGCAUUAUUUUUAAGCUAUUGGAGCAGCAGAACGUUGGCAUAGUGACGGAUAAGUGGGUUGUUACAGAACGCAUCAUGUUGGAUCCCAAGAGCGAUGAUUACGCCGAAAAAGCAGCCUCAAUCAUUGUGGAUAACCAGGAAAUUGUGCUCUACGUUGAUCGGGAGAGUACACAUUUAAUUUCCGAGUGGGGAUUCAAGCUGAAAUACUGCUUUUGGCGACUUAAUUUUACAUUCCCUUAGAUUUAUUUAUUUAAAUCUAUUGGUGAAUGAAUAUGUAUCACCAAUUUAACUAUAU